AUGAUUUUUUUCCUUCAACAAGAUGGCGCACCACUACAGUACCAGCAAGAUGUGCGAACUUCUCUGAAUAUAAAUUUGCAAGGACACUGGCUAGGACAAAGAGGUUCAGGGAGUUUCUCCCACUUUCUCUUGUUUUUAUCUAUGAGGAAUCUAAAGGAUGCUGAAAAGAUCAGCCAAAACAUAGAUCUAUCUAUCUAUCUAUCUAUCUAUCUAUCUAUCUAUCUAUCUAUCUCUUCCUGUUAUAUAUAUACCUAUCUAUCUAUCUAUCUAUCUAUCUAUAUAUCUAUCUAUCUAUCGAAUGAUGCUAAAAAUCACAGCAACAAUAUUAUUCACAAGUUUUAUACGGAUAUGCAAUAUCGGGAAAUUGGAAAUUUUUUCUUUCUUUCUUUCUUUCUUUCUUUCUUUCUUUCUUUCUUUCUUUCUUUCUUAUUAUGCAUAUUUUGUUUUUCCCAUUAA